AUGAUUAUUUUCCUGGUUCCUACUGCUGUGGGUCAAUUAUCUGGUAAGACGGUUAAGGUAAAGAAUGAAGGCUUUAAUGGGAAUCAAGUUGAGAAUUUUCCAAAAAGCAGUCUCAAGAAGCCAUCUUCAGAACCGGGUGUUGAGAAAGAGGUUGAAAAGAAAGAUAAAGAUGGAGUUGAUGAUGACAUGGCUCAACAUUUUAUUUUGAAUAACAUUGCCUUCAAUGUUAUUCAAACCCCUUUUUUUCAACAAAUGAUACGUUCUGUUGCUUGUUAUGGUCCAAGUUAUAGUAUACCUAGUUAUUCUACAUUGAGGACUAAGUUGGUGCAGAGGGCUAAGAAGAACGUUGAAGAAUAUGUUUCAACAGUUAAGGAGUCAUGGUCUCUUUCAGGAUGUACAAUAAUGUCUGAUAUGUGGACUGAUAUGAAGGAGUGUGCUUUUAUUAAUGUUAUUGCAUAUUCACCCAUGGGGGCUGUUUUUCUCAAAUCUUUUGAAUGUUCUGAUGCAUCCAAGACGGGGUUAUUUCUUAGAGACACACUUGAACCCAUAAUUGAAGAAAUUGGGCCAGAGAAAGUUGUUCAACUUAUCUCAGAUAAUGCUUCCAACUAUGGGGUUGCCAUAUCUUUAAUAAUGGAGAAAUAUCCUCAUAUUCAUAGGAUAAGGUGUGCUGCCCAUGGAGUACAGUUACUCUUGAAAGACAUAGAUUCACAAAUCCCCUGGGUCAAAGAGGUAUUUGAGAAGUCAAAACUGAUUAUUAGUUUUAUGUAUAAGCAUGGAACAGUCUUGGCCUUGAUGAGAGAAAGCACAGGAAACAAAGAGUUGAGAAAACCUUGCAAGACAAGGUUUGCAUCUAACUUUUUGAUGCUCAAGUCUAUUCUUGAAGUUGAGGAUUUCUUAAGAGUGAUGGUAGCAUCAGCAGAAUGGAGGAUAAAUAGGCAUUGCAGGUCUGAAUUGGGUGUGAUGGUCACUAAAAUAAUUCAGACUACAGAGUUUUGGCUUAAUGGGAGGGAUGUAUAUUCAAUUUUAAAGCCUCUUAUUAUAGUUCUUCGCUUGGUUGAUGGUGACGGAGCUACAAAUCCUUUUUUGUACGAGGCAAUGGAAAGGGCAAGAAAUACUAUUAUACACCGUUGCAAUAACAACCCAGCAAAGUAUGAGAGGUUGUUGCAAUUGUUUGAUAGUAGAAAAGAGGCAAAUAGAUUACAUCCUGUGCAAGUUGCUGUUGCUUUUCUUAAUCCUUGUCUAAUGUAUGAGGGAAAAAUUUCAUACAACCAGAAUGAUGUGCAAAGGGCAAUGAUCUAUAUCACAAAGAGCAUGGUUCCUCCGAAUGAGAAGAAACAAUUUGGCAAAGAAAUAAAUGUUUAUUUGGACAAAGAAGAAAUGCUAUUUCAUGACUUCUCAUUGGCAAUCAUUGAUUGUCAUCCACGUGUAUGGUGGAAUUUGCAUGGAAAUUGUGUUCCAAUGCUUCAAAGAAUUGCCAUUCAAAUUACAAGUCAACCUUGUAGUUCAUCAUCAUGUGAAAGAAAUUGGAGUGCUUUCGAAGCAGUGCAAACCAAGAAAAGAAAUAAACUCUCUCCUCAAAUGUUGGAAGGUUUGGUAUAUGUAAGGAUGAAUUCCCUUAUGAAAGGCAAAUCAAGGGAAAUUGAGAAGUUUAGCAAGGAAUCAAUAAAUUUAGAUAAACUGCUUGAGAUUCCAAUAGAUGAAGAUGAAAAUGGAACUGAAGUUGAAGAUGAGGAGGAUGAAAGAAUGGAAGAUGAUGCAGAUUGGCUUCAUAGAGAACUUAGGAUUGGAGAAUAUGCACGAGACAGUGAUAGUAUUCAAACUCCAACAUAUGGUGGCACUCUAAGUCAACUGCGCAAUCUCUCACAGACUCCUUUCACACAUAGUUCAACUUCUGAGACACAAGAACCAUUAGAUAUCAAUGAUUGA